AUGGGAGAUCCCGAAUGGGACUUAACCAGAUCCCAAGUCCAGAAAGCUCUACAAGACUAUGGCUGUUUCGAGGCUUCUUUCGAUAAAAUCCCUAUUGAGCUACGAAAAUCCAUCUUUGGAGGAUUACAAGAGCUUUUCGACUUACCCUUACAGACCAAACUGAGAAACGUAUCCAAGAAACCGUUCCAUGGCUACGUGGGUCAAUACCCAAUGGUGCCAUUGUACGAGAGCAUGGGCAUCGAUGAUUCUGAUGUUGCAGCCAAAGUCGAAGCCUUUACCAAAAAGCUAUGGCCUCAAGGCAACAACAGUUUCAGCACGACGAUCCAUUUGUUUUCAGAGAAGUUAUCAGAGCUAGACAUAAUUAUCAGAAGAAUGAUCAUGGAGAGCUUCGGACUCGUGAAAUACAUCGAUGAACAUCUUCACUCGACGAACUACCUCCUGCGAGUGAUGAAGUACAAAGGACCUCCUGACUCAGAGGAGACAAAACUGGGGCUAAACGCUCAUACCGAUAAAAACAUCGUCACUAUACUUUACCAGAACCAUGUUGAGGGUCUGGAGGUUCAGACCAAAGACAACGGUUGGAUCAAAGUGAAGCCAUCGCAAGAUUCUUUCAUCGUCAUGAUCGGAGAUUCUCUUCAUGCAUUGCUGAAUGGUCGACUACACUCUCCUUAUCACCGUGUCAUGAUGACGGGAACAGAGACGAGAUACUCGCUCGGAUUGUUCUCGAUUCCGAAAGCAGGACAUGUCGUGAGCUCACCAGAUGAGCUCGUGGACGAAGAGCAUCCUCGGAUGUUUAAGCCCUUUGAUCAUGUCGAGUUCCUUCAAUUCUACUACACAGAAGCUGGACAGAGAUCUCAGUCUGCUCUCAAGACUUACUGUGGAAUGUGA